AUGCGCAAUGCCAUCGGUAGUGAAGAUUGGUAUAAAAGCUCUUCGCCGGCGCACAAAAAACAUAACACGAUAGUAAACAAACCAAUCAACAUGGCAGCAAAAUUCGUAGUCUUCUUCGGAAUGCUGGCGGUUGCUUCCGCAGUAGCUGCUCCCCUUGUCCCAAUCGCCAAGUUGGCGUACGCGGAGGCUGAAGCACCAGCACAGUACGAGUUCCAAUACUCCGUACACGAUGAGCAAAGCGGUGACAUCAAACAACAACAAGAGGCUCGCUCUGGAGACGAUGUGCAAGGCUCCUACUCGCUAGUGCAGCCCGAUGGAUUGCACCGCGUCGUGGACUACACCUCCGAUGAGGAGCACGGGUUCAACGCCGUUGUACGCUACGAGGGCACACCCCACGCCGCCCCCGCUCCCGCCAAGCUCACCUACGCCGCCCCCCUCACCAAGCUCGCCUACGGCUCUCCCGUUGCCAACCUCGCCUACGCAGGUCCCGCUGCCAGAUUGACUUAUGCCGCCCCAGUCACCAGGUUGACUUAUGCUGCACCUGCGGCAAAAUUAGCUUACCAAGCACCAAUUGCCUACCAAACAUCGCUCGGUCAAGUUUCCUUCUCCUCACCUGCCUACUCUUACAGUCAU